AUGUUGCACCUCGGGCCGGUGGAUAUGGCCAUCUCCACCAGGACACGCGCCCUGACAGGCCCAAAGGCAGCCCGGGUACACAGGUCAAGCGACCUUCCUGGACUCCCUGGGCCGUGGGGCGGGGUCAGGGAGCAGCAGGUGGCCACAGCCGCCCCGAGGACCUUGCGGGCCUGGGGGUGGGACAACGAGGGGGAGCGCGGGGAGCGGGAUGGGCCCCUCCGCGCCGGGGAGCUGGUGCUGGCCGAGGCCGGCGAUGGGGAGACGCGGCACCAGACUCUGUUCCGGCUGCGCGCCACCGGGCGCCUCAACAGCAGCUGGGGGGCCGUCCCGCUCCGCCGGCUCGCGGGGAAGCUGCCCGGCCACGUGCUGCGCAGCUCGGCGGGGAAGCGCGUUCUGCUGCGGCGGCCGGCGCUGGACGACUUCGUGCUGCUGAUGGAGAGGGGCCCCGCCGUCGCGUAUCCCAAGGACGUGAGCAUGAUACUGCUGAUGAUGAAUGUCAGCCCAGGUGACACUGUUUUGGAAGCUGGCUCGGGCUCUGGUGGAAUGAGCUUAUUUUUAUCCAAAGCAGUUGGAUCACAAGGACGAGUCAUAAGUUUUGAAAUACGGAAAGACCACCACGAUCUGGCUAAGAAGAAUUAUAAAGCCUGGCGUGAUUCAUGGAAAUUAGGUCAUGCAGAAGAGUGGCCAGACAAUGUGGAUUUUAUUCAUAAGGAUAUCUCGGGAGCAGCUGAAGACAUAAGAUCUCUAGUAUUUGACGCGGUAGCUUUGGAUAUGUUAAAUCCGCAGGUGGCUUUGCCUGUCGUAUACCCACAUCUUAAACAGGGUGGUGUCUGUGCUGUAUAUCUAGUAAACAUCACACAGGUUAUUGAGCUCCUCGAUGGAAUUCGAACCUGUGAACUUGCUCUUUCUUGUGAAAAGAUAAGCGAGGUCAUUGUCAGAGACUGGUUGGUUUGCCUUGCAAAACAGAAAAAUGGGAUUUUAGCUCAAAAAGUAGAACCUAGGAGCAACACAGACUUAAAAGUACAUUCUCAGAGGAAGACUGGUGUUGAAGUGGAGAUGCUGCCAGAGGACGACCGUGAAGAGCCCCACUCGGCCUUCCCCUACGGAGCUUUCCCCUAUGUUGCGAGACCCAUCCGCUGGCAAACUGGCCAUACAGCUUUCCUUGUCAAGUUGAGGAAAGUCAAGCCACAAUGUGACUGAGUACCCCAGAUGACAGCAACUCAUUUGAAGAUGGAAAAAUAUCAAAAUAGAACUUUAUGUUACAAGUCACUACUUUCAUAGAUUGGUUUCUUAAGUUAUUGCUAUGAUUUGUUUGUAACUUUCGCAUAUAAUUUUGAAAAGUAAAGAUGUGUAACAUUGCAAACCCGCUCAGGUGUCCCAUUUUGACACUUGUCAUGCAUUGGUUUGACAUUUGGUGGUUAAUGACUCCAGGUUGCUUUAGUUGAGCCAUCUCAUUCUUCAAUUUCUGUAAACCACUCCAUAGAUUUGUCUUUCUCCAUGCAAUUAGUUUCUUUUCCUUUGUUUGAUUGAUGAUCAUUGGCUACUGAAAUAAAAUAUGCAUUUUAAGAUAAA